AUGAAAACAUCUGGAUCUCAAAUAUCCUCUCAAGCCAAUUCAAGCUCUUUGGGGGUAUCAGAGCUACCACCAAAGAAACGUGGAACGGACAAGGGGAAGGCAACCGGUAUUCUUGAUGAUGAGCCAACAGAAAAAAAUGAAUUAAAUAUAGAUUUAAACUCCACUGAAAUAUCACCAUCUCCCUUAGAUAACCCAAAAAUUGCACCAAAAAAUGAUGAGGAAGCUUUACUUGAUGAGCAAGUAUCACCAAAAACAAACGCUAAACAACCAAAUAGCCAACAGUCUCAUUUAGAAAACAAUUUUCAUUCAAACCUUACCAAAGUUUCUACAAAAGGAGAAUCAUCUAUUAAUCAUCCCCAAGAUCCACCUUCACCACCAUCUCCUCCACCAUCCCUUCCACCUCGAAAUCCUAUCGUUUGCAAGUUCUGCGGCCAAAAAUUCUCAACUACACAAGCCCUUGGUGGUCACCAGAAUGCACACAAGCAUGAACGAGAGAUGCAACGCGCAGCAAAAGCUGCACAAGAUUAUGCAACAAGUCCUUAUAUUUACCAAUCUCCAACCAUAAUUAGGGCACCUUCACCUCAAGGAUCCUAUUAUGCACAACAUCAACAACUUCAAUAUCCUUCUUAUUACCAUGGAUUAGCUCCUAAAGGAUGGCAUCAACACCCAAUAAGACCAUUUUACAAUAAUAACCCCCUAGGAAUCAACUUUGUUCAAUCUCAACCAAGUCUUACUCAUAACGUAGGAGGGUUUUUUGGACAUCCUUCUUUAAGGCCAAUGAAUCUUGCAUAUGACCCUGGCUGGCCGAGGCCGCUUUUUGUGACAACAAAUGGCUCAAGUUCCAUGAACUAUAAUCCUUUUGCAGCUUCUAACAUGUCAAAUUUGACACAUGUUUGGUCUGUGAACAAUAACCAAUCCUCGGAAUCACUACACCCUAAUGAAUCUAAAACAGUUGAUCUUACCCUUAGGCUUUGA